UGUUUUUUAGACAAAAUUACCACAACCGGCAAUAGCGUUGUGUUGGCAAUUGCUGUUUUGUCAGUCAUUUGUCAAAAACUACUUUUAGUUAAAUUAAAAUAAUUUAUUAUUAUUUGUGGCCAAAAUAGUAGCGGAGCACCAUGUCGGAGAAAAGCGCGGCUAUCCGCACCCAACUCUCCAACAUAAUCGCGUCCGGGGGCUCCCACAAAGACCAGGCCGAAAAAUAUCGCGGUAUUCUUGAGAACAUCCUCGCCGGUUCGGGCCCCGAGCUGACCGAAGGCUUGCAGAUAUUCAUCGAAGCAAUUGUCAAUGAGAACGUUAGUUUGGUCAUCUCGCGCCAAAUCCUGACCGAAAUAAGCUCGCAUUUGAUGAAACUACCCGACGAUGUUUCCAAAACUGUCUCACACUUUAUGCUUGAGAAGGUGCAACCCCGGGUUAUUUCGUUUGAGGAGCAGGUGGCAAGUAUUCGCCAACAUUUGGCCGAUAUCUACGAACGUAACCACAUGUGGCGCGAGGCUGCAGCUGUCCUGGUGGGAAUCCCGCUCGAAACCGGCCAGAAACAAUACACCGUGGAUUACAAACUUGAAACGUAUUUGAAAAUCGCGAGGUUGUAUCUUGAGGAUGACGAUCCGGUCCAGGCUGAGGCUUUCAUCAACCGGGCGUCGCUGCUUCAGGCCGAGUCACGGAAUGAGCAGCUUCAAAUUUAUUACAAAGUUUGUUAUGCUCGAGUUUUGGAUUAUCGGCGGAAGUUUAUUGAGGCGGCUCAGAGAUACAAUGAAUUGUCCUAUAGGACGAUUGUUCAUGAAGAUGAACGCAUGACAGCCCUUCGGAAUGCUUUAGUUUGCACUGUUUUGGCUUCAGCGGGGCAACAAAGAUCGCGCAUGUUGGCCACACUGUUCAAGGACGAGAGGUGCCAACAGUUGCCAGCAGUGGCGAUUUUGGAAAAAAUGUACCUCGAAAGAAUCAUCAGGAGGUCCGAAUUGAGGGAUUUUGAGGCCUUGUUGCAGCCCCACCAAAAGGCGAGCACCAUUGAUGGGUCAACAAUUCUGGACCGCGCCGUUAUCGAACACAAUCUCCUGUCUGCUAGUAAACUUUAUAAUAAUAUUAGUUUCGAAGAGUUGGGAGCUUUGCUCGAAAUACACCCUUCCAAGGCUGAAAAAAUCGCAAGUCAGAUGAUAACCGAAGGGCGAAUGAACGGUUACAUUGACCAAAUCGAUUCAAUCGUCCACUUUGAAACUCGUGAAACUUUGCCCCAGUGGGACAAACAAAUCCAGUCUCUCUGCUACCAGGUGAAUUCAAUCAUUGAAUCAAUCGCAAAAAGCGAGCCCGAAUGGAUCAGUAAGGUGAUGGAGGAGCAGAUGGAUCUUAAGUGAAACGUGUCUUUUGUAAAUUACAUUUUAUUUGUUUUACAAUACUUGUCAUAAUCAUAAAACAAUUGAAUUAAAAGCUUGCACAAGUAAAAAACA